UUGGAGAUAAGAGAGUCUGUCCGAUGGAUUUCUCCUCAAAGACAAGCGGUAAUCUUUGUCGUGCACUUAACUGCCACGGUCACGGUCACAACCAAACCUUAAGAACCAGGGAGAGCACAGAGAAGGUGAAUUUGGAAAUGUCUUUUAAAUGCGAACAAAAUCACAAAGACAUCAGAUACUGUGUCACUUCGAAAUCGUGUACAGGAGUCAGACCUGCUGAGAUCUACUGUAACGGGUAUGAGUAUCUUCACCCUGCCAGUAGUCCGCCAUCGACAGCGGGUCAUUAUGAGUGGCUGGUUUUGCCGAUUCUGAUCGUUGCAUUGAUCAUUUCAAUUUGCAUCGUCAAGAAAUUCAAAAAAACAUCUCUUUCCAAAAAAGAGAAAGUGCUGUCAAGGAAGGCAGCAGAGAUCGAAAGUGGAGAUUAUGAAGAAGUCCACAGUGACGCAAACGAAAUGGAGGAGUUGGACAAAAGAACGUCAAGAUCACCGACUGAGAGUCUUACAGCCGAACAAGCUCGCGGCUCCCCCUCUUUGACCAACGGUAAAGAAGCCAAGGCCCAGCCACUGAACUCAGAGCAUUUAGAGGAUACUCCAAAAGUCAGCCUUUCAGAAAACUGUCACGGGCUGGUCAAAAUAGAUGGCAUAGAAGUGUGUAACAGUUUCUGGAACAUGGAGAUGUCACACAUGGUUUGCCAGGAACAAAAUUGCAGCAAUGCUAUUACUCCCACUAAAACCAUAGGUGCGAAAUCUAAUGCUGACUACUACCAUUCUUACCAUUUCCAUCAUGAGCUUGGCCAGUGUUGGAGGGUAACGGGAAUGUGUGGUCCUGGGAAAGAGCUGGUGUCCGUUAACUGCAUCGAACUGACCAACGAUGUGGGGGCCAGCUCAAGAUCAGUUAUGGAGAUAAGUUGGAGAUAAGAGAGUCUGUCCGA